AACACCCUCGUUUUCCCUCUCUUCCUUCUUACAACACUCUCUCUUUCUCUUCAAUUUUAUGAAACUCCCCAUUUUUUCUCUCUCACACACUCACACACUAAAGUGUUAGCGUGAAGUUGAAGACUGGAAUCUCUAUCUUGGUCUUUUUCCUUUUUAUUAUUUUGUGGGCUAAGCUUGCUUGAAAUAGUUAGAAAUGGGAAAGAAAGAUCAGAAUCAGAAAGACAGAGAAAGAGUUCAAGCUGUUCUUCAGCUUCUCAAGAAACAAUCUCCUCUUACUGUUAAACAGGAGAAGUUCUGUAAUAAUGCUUGUGUUGAAAGGUUCUUGAAAGCGAAAGGAGAUAAUGUGAAGAGAGCAGCUAAACAGCUUAGGAAUUGUCUUACUUGGAGAGAGACUUUGGGCACUGACAAUUUGAUAGCGGAUGAGUUUUCUGCUGAGCUAGCUGAAGGCAUAGCUUAUGUUGCUGGGCAAGAUGAUGAAUCAAGACCUGUUAUGAUUCUUCGGGUCAAGCAAGAUUACCAGAAACUACACUCCCAAAAAUUGUUUACUCGCUUGCUUGUGUUUACAAUGGAGGUGGCAAUCCAAACCAUGGCAAAAAAUGUUGAACAAUUCGUCCUUUUGUUUGAUGCUAGCUUUUUCAGGUCAGCAUCAGCUUUUAUGAACAUAUUACUGGCAACACUGAAGAUCAUAGGAGAUUAUUAUCCAGGCCGCCUUCAUAAAGCUUUUGUUAUUGACCCUCCUUCUCUUUUCUCAUAUCUUUGGAAGGGUGUAAAGCCAUUUCUUGAGCUAUCACCAUUAACAACGGUGGUUUCAUCUCUGGAUUUCGAAGAACCAUUGGAGUAUAACAACUUCAAAUCAUAUCCUAGGGCUUCUUCCCUCCGAUUUGAUCCAUCCACAAUACCAUCCUCAACGGCCAAGAUCGGUUCAUGUUCAUCCUCAAGGUUUUCCUUCACAGUUUCUCAUCAUUUUGACUCGGUCAAACCCUGGUACCUCACGUUGACCGACACGUCAGCGUCCAAAGUCGGCCCCACCGCCCCGUCAGCAGCUUUACUGGGCCCCGCACUCAUCUCGCCCUUGAAUGCAAGAUCCUUCUCAUUUGCAUCCCCGGCUGCGAGGACACCACCAAACACCUUUGGAGCAGUCAAGAAAGGGUUCUUCCCAUCAACACCAAUGCCGCAAAAAACACAAAAAUUUGAUCUUUCAACCAUAAAUCAUCCAAGGACACCAAAGCCCUCGUUCCUCCAAUCACCUGCAUUGUUCUUCAGGAGUCGGGAUUGCCAUGUUAGCAGGGCGGACAAGUGCCGCGACUCAUUUGUCCCGUUUCUCAAAUUUUAUCGUAGGCCAUACGAUGAGAUGACUUAUAGGUCGAAAAUGCGACCCCCGCUAGGUGGACUCAUCUCCAUCGUCGCUCCCCACAUCCGAAGGAGACACAUGUCGGUCUCUCAACGGUUUUGAUCUUCGAACAACGAGUACAUAUAGCAUCAUCAAUUAUCAAAUUGUAUUAGUAGUAACAAAAUUAAGUCAUUUCCAUUACUAAUAAUCCAUUUGAUUUGUUUACUUUUGUAGAGUUACGUUGAUCCAUGCAUUGAUUUUUGUUGGAAAAAAAGAAAUGUAGGUAACGUGCAAAGUGGGUUAUGAAAUAUCGUGCAAUAUGUCUCAUUUAGUGCAAUGUGGGUGUCACUAAGGUCUACUUCACUUAGGGUCAUGCGCUUCUAAAUAAACAUUUUUGCAUGGGGAAGAAGAAGGCGUGGUCGAAACGGAGAACAUUUCCACAUUGGAAAUCAUUGCUUCUCCUCUAAAAAAGUCAACAUCCCUUUCGAAAACAUUAAACUCUAAAUCCAUUUUCUUUUUCUUCGUUCCAUUUUGGUUACGAGAUGAGAAUCUCUGGGGUUCUUUUUACAUUGUUUGUACUAUAACAUAUUGUUUAACUAGUUUGGGACGAAAAAAAUUUCUAAAUAGAGAUAAAAUAAUUGG